AUGUCCUCAGAGUAUGACGUUCUGGUCACUGGCUCAGCUGGUCAUCUGGGUACAGCUUUAAUGCUUUGCCUACCUUCGAUGGGCUACAACCCUUUCGGCAUCGACAUUCUCUCCUCUCCGACGACGACAGCCGUGGGCUCUGUCUGCGAUCGCACUUUCAUUGCAUCUAUUUUCCGCAACAACCCCAUUAAGCAUGUCCUCCAUACGGCAACAUUGCAUAAGCCGCACAUGUGCAGCCAUACUAAGGAGGAGUUCAUCUCAACCAACAUUGCGGGCACUCUGAUCCUUCUUGAAGAAUCCUCCAAGUUCAAGGAUAGGAUCGAGAGCUUCAUCUUUUUCAGUACAACCAGCGCCUUUGGUAAGGCCUUAAACCCGAAGCCCGGCUUCCCUGCCGCUUGGAUCGAUGAGUCUGUCGUACCCGAGCCAAAGAAUAUCUAUGGCGUGACGAAAGUUGCAGCCGAGGAUAUGUGCGCGCUGGUACAAAAGGAAAGCGGAAUGCCUGUCCUAGUUCUUCGAACAAGUCGCUUUUUCCCAGAGGAAGACGAUGAUGAAGACCGUCGUACGGCGAUGAGCGAUGAAAAUUUGAAGGUCCUGGAAUUAGCCUACCGCAGAUGCGACAUUGAAGAUAUUGUCAGCGCGUCGGUUUGCUCAAUGAGAAAGGCCAAGGAUAUCCGGUGGGGAAAGUAUAUUAUAAGCGCUCCGCCCCCUUUCAGCAACGACGGAAGCACACUCGAUGCUUUAGAUCGGAAUCCCGCUGGGGUGAUUGCCAAAGCUUUUCCGGAAGUCGAUGCUAUUUUCAAGAAGAAAGGGUGGAAGCAUCUUACGAGGAUUGAUCGAGUCUAUGAUUCCAGCAAGGCUGUGAAAGAGCUGGGGUGGAUUCCGAGAUAUACAUUUGAAAAAACGAUGGAGAGGCUGGCGCGCGAUGAGCAGUGGAGGAGUGACCUAACUGCUAGGGUGGGCAAGAAAGGUUAUCACGCUGUGAGCACUGGGGUGUAUACCAAGCGAUGA